AUGCCUAUUGCGUUACAUGAUUCCUUGAUAGCAUUCAUUGUGCUGUGCCUGGUGGUCCUCUCGGUGCGCGCCAAAUCCAUCGACGCCAAACAACCGUUCGCACCAAUGUCUCCCGAGCAACGGAUGUGGCUGAACCCGUGUGGAUACCCUUCGCCGUACGAGAUCACAAUCAACACGCCCAUCAACAAUGUCGAUUUUUCAAAGAUGCGCGACCAGGUGAACACCUCCCUCGGAACGGUUGAAGUGUCCAUUCGAAAUUAUACGAAGACUAUUUUCGGAGUUCCUAUGGACCGCCACCAUACGACAUGGGAAGGCAGGGACGAGCCUUGGAUCUACAAUGAUGAUUUGCGCAUACCGAAAAAGUUCCAAAACAACAUCGUUGACACGAUCUACAUGCGCAUCUCGUACAUGUCGAUUCAGGAAGCAACGAGAGACUUCUAUCGGCUUCUAAGGGACUCAUACCGACGGUACAUUCGCCUUGCGAAGGGUAUCGAGAAAAUGAAGGAAGACCUGGAAAAUAUCCACAACAGGUCGAAGUAUAAGAAGUUCGAAAUCGAGCUGCUGAACCAAGUGCGGGAAGAGGUUCGCCAAAGUCUGCAACAGGUGCUGUGCGAAAUCUUCGAGGUGUUGGUGGUUAUCGAUAAGAAGUUUCUCUUCCAAAUACUGAAAGAGGAACACUCAAUAGACAUCAACGAUUCAUACUUGGACGAGAGCGAACGUAAAUUGCGCGACUGGACCAUAUACAGGGAACUGAUCAACCAGCUAGAAUACAUUAUACAGUACAUGAAAGCGUUGGAGCAACGUCGAUCCGUAAGUGGCAGUGAAUCGAAGGAGCAAGGCACAAACUAA